AAAUGUUUGAUAUAAAUUUUGUAAGUUUAGAUUUAAUGGUAGACUAGCAUUAUGAAAUGUUUGAUAUGAAUUUUGCACCAGGGCUACACAGCGUUACAUCUUGCUGCAAUGCACGGACAUGAAGAGAUCAUUGAACUACUAGUCUCUACAUACAAAGCGGAUGCCAAUCUCCGAGAUUACAGUGGAAAGAAAGCUAAACAGUACUUAAGAAACACAGCCUCUACUAAAGCUCAACGUUUAUUUGGAAAUGACAUUAAUGUAAUAGCGAUGGGAGAGUUGUUAUUAUCAAGGAAAUUGGGAUCAUCUAUGGGUUCCAGUCGAUCUUUGGACGAUUCUUUCACAAGAAGUGCAUCCUUCAGAAGAAGCAAACAGGUGAAGGCUAUCAGCAACCUUAUUCAGGGUUCAUCUUCUGGGGUGAAGGCCAUGUUUAGGACAACAUGGGCAGGUUCAGCAGAUGAUCUCAUCCGUAACCGUCAGUCCUGUUCUCGCAGUCCCAGUACUACUCCACCCAGUAGUGGAAAAUCCUCGCCAAAUCCACAGCGGAGAGAGACCUUCACCAGUCGAUCUGUAGACAGAGAGUUAAUGCCACCCCCAUCCGCUCCGAUAAGAAAGAGACGUCAAGCACAAUCAGGUAGUGAAGGAAACCUUGCUGCUGACAAUAUACCUAGAACAAUAUCGGAACCAUCUCUAAACAAUGAAAGAAAGCCUAAAACAUACAUAUGAAAACAAUGUGAAACCAAAGAAAUGUCCACAUUCAUAGUUAUCAUGGUAUAAUAUGUACAACAAGUAUUAUUUCUGUUCAUUAAUGUCAUUUGAAAAAAGAUAUCCUAUAGAUAUUUGUUUUUUCAUUUUAAUCCAUUGCAUAUGUGCAAUAUCUCUUACCCUGUAUACAUAUAACUACAUGGAGUUGAUUCAAAUAGCUGUAACACAAAUAUUGAACAGAGAAUGUGUCUAUUAUAGUGUUUUACAUUCGAUGUACAAGCUUAUGCACAAUUUUAACAAGCUGAAUAAGUUAAAAACAGUGUAAUUUAAAAAUGAGCUUCAUUGUUUGAAAUACGUGAGGGGAUGAAUUGCAAGGUUUGCCACUGGCUUACUUCGUGAAGCAUGCUGGCAUGAAGAGUCUCAGUUCAUACCCUCGUGUAUUUUCAAAAGUGAAAUUUAUUCUGUAACUGAAAACCAUUCUUCUUUUACAAAUAUUCUUGUUACAAUUACAAACAUAUAGUAGCAUAAAUGAAUGCCAUAUUUGUUAUGGUGUUUUACCAAAAAUGAUGUGUGUUUAGAUUUUCUGUUGGAUAUAUACAUGUAACCCAAUACGAGAUGAAUGUAAAAUUUGGAGGUGUGACAUGGGGUUUAUUUCCUAACAAUAUUGUAUGAACUUUUAAAUUAAUUAUUUUGUUAUUUAUUACAUGUUGACAAUAAAAGUAGAUUAGUUAAA